UUGGCCGCCGCAUGCACAAUGUGUGCGUGUGACGUUUCAGAGCGGAGCGGUGCGGUCCGGUUUUCGCGGUAAAACGGCUGUUUGUUGCAGUCCGUCGGAGUCCGUCGUUCGCUCUGCAGUGAGCACACUCUGCCAAGUCAGGAUGGUCGCGAUAAAGGGACGCAAAAGCUCGAACAAAAAUCCGCCGAUACUCAGCCAUGAAUUUAUUAUACAGAAUCAUGCAGAUAUCGUCUCCUGUGUGGCUAUGGUUUUCGUGAUCGGCUUGAUGAUACAGGUUACUUCACCAUGGGCAUAUAUGUUUAUCGCCAUUCAUCACAAUGUGACCAAUACUACUGAAGACCCAACAGCAGUAAUAAAAUAUACCACAGGAUUGAAAGAUAUAUGUGCAGUAUUUUUUUACUUUUUAAUAACUAUUAUUAUGCAUGCUGUACUUCAGGAAUAUAUAUUUGAUAAAAUUUCCAAACGACUUCAUCUCAGCAAAGUAAAGCUUUCUAAAUUUAACGAGUCCAGCCAAUUGAUAGUGUUUUAUACAUUAUCUGCAUUAUGGGCUAUUGAUAUUGUAAUCAGAGAAAAUAUGCUUCUGAACAUAUGGUCAUUGUGGGAAGAAUACCCAGCCCCAAUGUCUUUUUCUUUGAAAUUAUUCUUUAUUGGCCAACUUGCGUACUGGUUGCAUUGUUAUCCUGAGCUCUACUUUCAACGAAUCAAGAAAGAAGACAUUCCACAACGUCUCCUUCAUGCAACCAUAGGAUUAUUCUUCACAUUUGCAGCUUACUUCUUCAAUUUCCAACAACUUGCCCUAAUUUUGCUGACUCUCCAUUAUGUGGGAGACGCUUUACUACAUGCAGCUAGAUUAAUUCACUUUAUUAGUCAAAAAGAGAAAAGAACAAAAUUGUCGUUCUUCAUCGCCAAUUCGAUAUAUGCGUUCGCGCGAAUAGCAACCAUCGUGCUUUCAAGUGCGGUGUUUCUAUAUGGUCUAAGAAAACUGGAGUUCAAAUUCGAUUAUGCUACUGGCAACUUCAAUUCUCCUGCUGUACAAUUUUCGGCAGUAUCUAUUAUUUUGUUCUUUCAAGGUUACCUCUUGUAUUUCUUUAUCUCAAAGCAAAUUAAGCGUGCACGCGAAAACGUCGUACCCGUCGUCACGAAGACAAAGCCAAAGCAGAAGUUAAGGAAACGAGAAGGAAAGAAACUUGCCUUGUCCGAGGACGACGAUCUGCCAGAAGUUGAUCAAGCGACAAAGAAAAAUCUGAGAAAUCGUUCAGCUAAAACAAAAUAAAAAUUAAUUAAUAGAUAAAUUACCCACAAGGCUGAUCAAAUAUUCAACUGUCUCUAUGCGUGAUGAAUAUAUCGGUUUGUUCGGACUAGAAUGUAUGAAAAGAUAACCAUUUCUCAUAAUAUAAAAAUGCGAAGCUUCCAUAGUGCUACUACAAAUUCAGGGUCACUGGGUUGUGGAGAUUCCUAAAGGUUGUGCAGAUGUUUGACGUAUCUGACACACUUAGCUUUGUACUCGAAGGAUAUAUAAAAUUGAUAAAUAGAUUUUAUAUAGUUUAUGAAAAAGGAGGGGCGAACGAAACGAAUUUGCUAGUGCAUUAUAAAUCAUAAACAUUUUUUUCGUUUACUCGCUUUCAUAUGAAUUGUAGAUAUUAUAUUUCAAUUAUAUAAUAUUAAGUUUUUGCGUAUCGUCUUUUUACGCGCAUCACGUAUAUCUUUUAAGUACACACGAUUUGUAAAUUGGUUAAGAAAAAUUUUACGUUUUUA